CCGCCCCUUUUCCGCCAAGAUUGAGAUGGUGGCGACGGUGACCCUGGAGCCCGCAGGCCGCUGCCGCUGGGACGAGCCCGUGCGCAUCGCCGUGCGCGGCCUGGCCCCGGGGCAGCCGGUCACGCUGCGCGCGUCCCUGCGCGACGACAAGGGCGCGCUCUUCCGGGCCCACGCGGGCCGGGUGCGCGCCACGCUCUUCCUGCCGCCAGGACCCGGGCCCUUUCCUGGGAUUGUAGACAUUUCUGGAGCUGGAGGUGGCCUUCUGGAAUAUCGAGCUAGUCUGCUGGCUGGGAAGGGUUUUGCUGUGAUGGCUCUGGCCUAUUACAACUAUGAAGACCUCCCCAAGGGCAUGGAGACCCUCCACUUGGAGUACUUUGAAGAAGCUGUGAACUACCUGCUUAGUCACCCUCAGGUAAAGGGUCCAGGAGUUGGGCUGCUUGGGAUUUCCAAAGGGGGUGAUCUCUGCCUCUCCAUGGCCUCGUUCCUGAAGGGCAUCACUGCCACUGUCAUAAUCAAUGGCUCUGUGGCCAAUGUUGGUGGAGCCUUACACUACAAGGGGGAGACACUGCCCCCAGUGGGUUUCAACCCAAAUCGAGUCAAGGUGACCAGAGAUGGCUUUGCAGAUGUUUUGGAUGUCCUGAACAGCCCUUUGGAAGGCCCUGACCAGAAGAGCUUCAUUCCUAUGGAAAGGGCUGAGAGUGCCUUCCUGUUCCUUGUAGGUCAGGAUGACCACACUUGCAAGAGUGAAUUCUAUGCCAAUGAGGCCUCUAAACGCUUACAGGCCCAUGGUAAGGAGAAGCCCCAGAUCAUCUGUUACCCAGGGGCGGGGCACUACAUUGAGCCUCCUUACUUCCCCAUGUGCCCAGCUUCCCUGUUCACCUUAGUGGGCCGUCCUGUCAUCUGGGGAGGGGAGCCCAGGGCUCAUGCCAUGGCCCAGGUGGAUGCCUGGAAGCAGCUCCAGACUUUCUUCCACAAACACUUGGGUGGGGAAAAGGAGACAAUCCCAGGAAAACUGUAAUCUUUUAUUUGAUUGUGGGACAUCUCUGAUGCUAAUUGAUCCUGGG